CACCGAUUCGUCACAUACAGACCCGCUAUAGCUGGGCGGAGAAAAAUCCUCCUGGCGCACUGCUAAGCUCUUUCCACAGAUACUGUGCGACGAGUCGACAGGGGAGUAGAAGGCGAAUUCAAAGGAGGAGAACGGGAGAUGAGAAAAAGUUUUAAAAGAUAUUGACCAACAACAAAGGAAAGAUAAACAAGCUAAUGUUUCUCCGUUAUUUACACAUUUUUUCAUUGUCGCGUGAGGGAUUUAACACACCCCGGCGAUAAAACCGUAUUCGUUGGGACUUGAGGAUUUAGCUUAACUUCUGCUUCUUGCGUUUUUUUUUUCUGUUUAGCUGUUGGUGUAAAAUCGGAAUGAAUGACAAAGACAAAGGUUGAUGUGAAUUCGCCAACUCAUUUUGUCUCGCCCAAGGAAAGGAGACACCGGCACAAAAUGGAAAGCGAGAAUGGGAUCAGCGACGCAGGGCAGGCGCAGCCCCAAGAACAGCACCAGUUCCAGCAACAGCCGAUUGUCCAGCCGCACCAAGUAAACGAGAAGAAGAAAAUAAAUCGGGCACCGUCGCCUGCAAGACCCAAAGAUGUCCCUGGAUGGUCUCUCACGAAGAUUAGAGGGGGCAUUGGCGCGCCCACUUUGAGUGUUAAACCUGGAGCGAUACACUUGGGGAGCCGGCUGUCUAGGCGCAGUCCAGGCAGUGGGAAAGAUACUAAAUCCGAAAAAACAAAACUGUCCGGGAAGUCCUUGCUGUCCGUCGCCGGUUCUCAAAAGGGGAGCGGCAAGUCGGCAAAAUCUACUCGGAGGAAGGUAUCCGAUGCCAGUAACGCUUCAGACGAUCUGAGCAAAGACUCAGGUUGCGCCCCAGGCAAGCUGUCGCCCACAGACAGUAGCUCAGAGCUCUCCGAUUGUGCAUCGGAAGAAAAUAAACUUUCCACGGACGCCCUAAGUAGUGACACUGAAUCCAGCAGCCGAGGAGGGGGAGCAGAUGGAGAGAGAACAAGCAGGGAUCACGGAAACGGGCAAUCGGAUAGGGGUGGUCGAGGUGACCAGCAUGCAAAGAACCCCGUGGAUAAGGACAGGCUCUCCCUCGGAGUGGAUACCGGCGAGGGGAGCAUUUCACCCGGGGAUGAGCGGUCCCUCGCCUCUUUUGACAGCCGGAUGCCUGUCAGCACAUCCCUGGCGUUUUCUGACCUGACGGAGGAGUUCAUGGACGGGAUGCAUGAAGAAUUUGUCAGGGAAAUAGAAGAACUGAGAUCAGAAAAUGACUACUUAAAAGACGAGAUGGAGGAGUUGCGGUCGGAGAUGCUGGAGAUGCGGGACAUGUACAUGGAGGAGGACGUGUACCAGCUGCAGGAGCUGCGGCAGCAGCUGGACCAGGCCAACAAGACCUGCCGCAUCCUGCAGUACCGCCUGCGCAAGGCGGAGCGCCGCAGCCUGCGUGUGGCCCAGACCGGCCAGGUGGACGGGGAGCUCAUCCGCACACUGGAGCAGGACGUCAAGGUGGCGAAAGACGUGUCCAUCCGCUUACACAAUGAGCUGGAGUCCAUCGAGAAGAAGAGGUCCCGUCUGGAGCAGGAGAAUGAGGACCUACGUCAAAAACUGCAGGAUCUGGAGGUGGCCAAGCAGGUGCUGCAGGCCGAGAUGGACAAGGCUAGAGAGAACUCUCUGAAGAAAAGAGGAGCCCGGCAGACCGGCAAACCAGACAAGAAGCUCUCUCCUCAGGAGGACAGCUCAGACCUGAAAUGUCAGCUCCAUUUCGCCAAGGAGGAGUCUGCGCUUAUGUGCAAGAAGCUGACCAAGAUGGCCAAGGACAAUGAGAGCAUGCGGGAGGAGCUGGCCAAGUACCGUUCUCUGUACGGAGAGGUGGACGCCUCCCUGUCGGUGGAGGAGGUGGCAGACUCCCCCCACACCCGCGAAGCGGAGGUCAAGGUUCACCUGAAGCUGGUGGAGGAGGAAGCCAACCUGCUGAGCCGGCGGAUUGUGGAGCUGGAGGUGGAGAACCGGGGCCUGCGGGCGGAGAUGGAUGAGAUGAAGUGCCAGGAGCUGCCGGGAGGGGCGGGGCACCUGGUGCUGGCCGGGGGCGGGGCCAUGUCAGAGAACGUGAUGGAGAUGCAGAGGCACCUGCAGUUCGUGGAGGAGGAGGCGGACCUGCUCCGGCGCUCUCUCCUGGAGAUGGAGGAGCAGAACAAGCUGCUGAUGAACGAGCUGAACCGCUACAAGUCGGAGCAGGACCCCGAGCUGGACUCGGCCGCGCUCUCGGAGGACAGCUGCUCCGUGCUGAGCGAGGCGUCGCAGGAGGAGCUGCUCAACGCCCGCCUGCAGAUCGGCGAGCUCAGCGGGAAGGUGAAGAAGCUGCAGUACGAGAAUCGCGUGCUGCUCUCCAACCUGCAGCGCUGCGACCUCGCCUCCUACCACCACUCCCGCCUCGCCAUGGAGACGGACGCCGAGGCCGGCGACUCCGCCGAGUGCGUGCCCAGCCAAAUCCGCCGCGAGGGGCCCGUGGGGGGUGAGAACGACCCCCAGGAGGAGCAGGAGAAGAGGUCGACGGGCGGCGAGGGCGGCGGCAGUGGCCACGCCCACGCCGAGUGCACCCCCCAGUGCCUGAGGCUGAAAGACUAUGAAGCCCUUUUGGCCGUCCGCGACCAGGCCCACCUGGUCACCGCGGCCAUCCAGCUGCUCACAGCGCCCGACUCCAACUGCCCUUACCGCAAGAUCUCCCCGCCCUCCUCCUCCUCCUCCAAUGACGCAGCAGAGCAAGGGGGUGUGGACAAGAGCCCGGCCCCACCUGCGGACCUGCCCCUGAUGGAGGCUCUGAGCAGCAGGCUGAGUGCCCUGCAGACUCAGCUCCUCUCCUUUGUGGAGAGGGUGGAGAUACUGGGGAGCUCCGGGAGGGAGCAGGUGGAGGGGGCCUCGCCUUUACCUCUGCUCUCCGAAUCUGGGAGCUUUGUGGCCUCCGUGCCUUCUGUGUCCCAGCCCCACACUCCUGACCAACAAGCCAGAGAAAUCACAUCUGACCAGAAGCAGCCCGACUUUAGGGACCAAUCGGAGCGUCAGGUCAAAGGUCAGGAAGCGUUCCCGAGCAAGGCAGAGGAGGGUGACAACAAGGACAGCAAUAAAGACCGGGAGACACGCGGACAGGAAGGGAAGGAGACAGACACGGCCGAGCAGCAGGAUAAGAUCCAGGAGCUGCAGGCCCUCCUAUCUGAAGCCAGGCAGAAGGCGCAGGGGGCACAGGAGCAGCUGUCCCAGGAGAGGCAGGCGCGCAGGGACGACUCCCAGAGCUCCUCCCAAAAGCUCACCCAGCUGCAGGAGGAGCACCAGAAGGCCCUGGUGAGGCGGGACUUCCAGCUGCAGAGCCUGAGCCUGCAGUCGCGUCUGCAGCAGAAGUUCUGGAGCCAGGAGAGGAACCUGAUGGUGCGGGAGUCCCAGCAGCUGAAGCAGAGCCUGCUGCUGCUCAGCCUCAAGCUGCGCUGGUUCCUCAAGCAGUGGCGCCUGGGCAAGAAGCUGGACGGAGAGGGCAAGGACAUCCUGGAGGUUACCAGUGUGAAGGAUCUCUACCUUCUGCUGGAGGAGGAGGGCCUGGCCUCCCACCAGGGGGACAAUAAGACGUCCGCUGCGGAGGAGCAGUCCCAGAGCCCGACGGCUAAAGAGCACUGCCUCCUGGAGAAGAACUACAAGCAGACGAGCGGUCUGAGCAGUACCUUGGCGGACCUAAAAGGUGCGCUGCAGGAUCUGACCGCAGAGCUAAGGGAGGAGCGCCAGGGCUCGCACGAGCUCACCCAGCAGUUUGCCCGUGCCAAGUCCUCAUGGGAAGUAGAGAGGAGUGAACUCAAGAGUCACAUCACACAGCUGGAGUGCAAGGCGGGUAAAGCGAGUCCUGGCACGGGCGCGGGUGUGGCAGCAGAGAAGGAGACGCAGGACCUGAAGGUGGCGCUGAAGAGGGAGCGUGAGGAGCACCAGCACCUCCUGGCGGACUCGUACGCCGCCGUCAUGGACCUGACCAAGCAGCUGCAGAUCAGCGAGCGCAGCUGGAGCCGCGAGAGGCUGGAGCUGCUGGAGCGCUUCAACCAGGAGCGCAGCCAGUGGGAGCAGCGGCUGCUGGACGCCCAGAGCAAGUCUCUGCAUGAGAAAUCUCCAGAAAAGGAAAGCCCUCCGGGCACAGACGCAAGCAGAACCCAUUUACAGAGGACCAAAUCCAUUUCUUCCAUGUCGGAGCUGGACAGUCUUCUGGACAGCUGUCCUUUUGUCCCGGGGCAGGAGGGAGACAGGACCAACGGCAAGGGCACCCAGUCCGCUCUCCUCGCCCGCACCGACCUGGGAGAUCUCAACAAGAAGAACUGGAAGUACCUCACCAACGAGAUGGCCCUACUGGAGAAGGGUGACCCGUUCAAGACCUGGGACUGUCCCAUCAUGAGCAGCAGCUUCCCUGGGCUCGACCUGAGCCGCGAGGGCGCCCAGAGAAGCUACACGGCCCCUGACAAGACUGGCAUCCGAAUUUACUACAGCCCCCCAGCGGUGCGGCGCAUGGAGAGGCGGCUGGCCAAGGAGAAGCAGCAGCAGGCUGAGCCAGGGUAUCAGAUCAGCGGCGCGACGUACACAGGUGCCGGAGACCUGGAGGACCCCAACACCAGCAUCUAUGACAGAUGGCUGAGCAAGUUAUCCCAGCAGCCCCGGGACCUGCUGGAGAACGGCUCCGCCUCCUCGGCCACCUCGGCCAGCCUCCCCCCGCCCUUCCACGGCCUGGAGAUCUCGGGCAACCUGAGCGACGAUAUGAAGGAGAUGACCAACUGCGUCCGGCAGGCCAUCCGCUCCAGCUCCCUGGAAAGGAAGUGCAAGGACACGGCCAGCCAGACCGUGGGCGUGUCCAGCGCGGCGACGCAGACGGCGCAGUUCGUCAGCAUCGGGCUCCAGACGGAGGGGCCCCGGGGGCCCAGCCUGCACACCAAGAGCUGGUCGCCCCGGGCAUCCUCCUCGCUGGCGUCGGCCCGCUCCCGGCAGAUCUCCACCUCCCUGGAGAAGGUGCACAGCCGGAUCGAGAGGCCGUGCUGCUCGCCCAAGUACGGCUCCCCCAAGCUGCAGCGCAGGGUGUCCACCUCGUCCUCCAAGCUGGACAGCUCCAAGGACCGCAGCCUGUGGAACCUGCACCACCGCGUGCAGAACGGCUCGGCCUGGGCCCGCUCCACCACCACCCGCGACAGCCCGGUGCUCAGCGGGCUCAACGACGGCCUCUCCAGCCUCUUCAGCGUGGUGGAACACUCCGGCAGCGUGGAGUCGCUCUGGAAAGGGGAGGGCUGUAAGGCCGCCGGAAAGCCCAGCGGUGAGCCCGGCGCGCACAAGUACGGCAUUGUCCACGAGUUCUUCCGCAACGUGUGCGGCCGGACGCAGACGCCCAUGCCUGCUGGGGGAGGGGAGAGGCCGCACAGGGACAGCAGCAGCAGCGUGGUGGACGAGGUGAAACCGGAAUGCCCCUCCAGCGCCGCUCUGGCCAGCAAUGACAACGUCACCAAGAUUGUCAACAAAAGGUUCAUGAAGCAGAACCUAAGGGAGGAGCCAGGCCAGACCAGCAAGGACCUUAACGCCAGAGAUUCUAAUGCCCUGGAGGAUGCAGCCUGUGACUGCACAUCCCAGACCCUGACGUCCUGCUUCUCGCGCCCCUCGCGCUCCGCCACACGCCACUCCCUCAGCCAGUGCAGGCUGCGCUCGCAGGAGUCCACGGCGUCAACAGAGGAGAAAGGAGACCCCGCCCACGAGUGAUGGGGCGGAGCUGGGGAGGGAGGAGUCACGUCCAAUCACACUGCCACACGCGAACGCAGCUGCGGAACUCUGAGAGACGUGGAGGCGGUCUUCAGAGGCCCUUCUGAGGGGUUCUGGAGGCCAAACCUGGCCGAACAGCACACCCUUGAUGCCAAGGAAGGCCAUCAGGAGGCCAUCCUCUCGAAUUCCUCUGGGACCACCACCGGCUACCAGCAGAAAACAACAAAUUCCCCAUGAACAAAACAAAAGACAAAAAGAAUAAAAAACAUAGCAGGGAAUGCCUCCUGUACUGUAAAGUUACUGUAACAUUCUAACAUGAAAAUCCUGCAACACCUCCUUGUUUAUAUAGAUUUGCACAGAAAGAAAAAAACUCUUAUUGUCCUGGACUACAGUACUGUAUAACUACCCCCUCAUUGUGAAAAAUAUAUGGACAUUUCCCUUUUUUU